AUGACCGUCUAUCCCAGCAGUGGCUCUUUUUUCUGUUUGGUUUGUGGGUUUGAGGUGGAUCGAUAUCGAUGCCUCGGAGCCUUGCUCUUGCAGAAGGGCAGAUGGAUUGAUCUUGAUACUGCGAGUGGUAGUGUAGAGGAGCUGCAGAGAGGACGUGCUUCGAGGCCAACGGACACGGAAGAGUUUCACAACAGAACUGUAUCAGUCUGCUGCGGCGUGUCUGCUCUGUAUAUAACUUCUCAGUAUUGGGGCUCCUCCCCCUUGCCCCUAUUGAUUCCUGCUGGGAGUAUUUUUGGAUGCUCUGGAGAAGGAAAUGAUUUCGACGAGAUUAGACGGCAUCCACUCAUUAUUAGUGUCCAGUAUCAUGUUGAUUGUGAUUCUUUUGGCCUCUUUGUCCUGCUUGCCAUUCUUGCGCUCUUUGUGACUCAGCUCGUACAUCUUGCUCUCUUGAUGAAUGGCAUCAUCCAAGUCCGCGUCAUCGGCCUGGUUUUUAGCUUUAACUCAUUAAAGAAAGUCGCCCUUCUCCAUUCAGAAAUAAGAUCUGCCCCUGAUAGCCAACUCCUUGCCUCCCGCUCGCAGUCACCCCGAGAUACGGAUAGAUGCUCGUUGUGGCGGCACGGCAAACGGAGAAUUGGCAUACUGUUCUUCGGCUCCUCGCGUCGUCACGAUCUGCUAUCUUAA